AUGUCUACUGAAGCUCCCAAGAUCGUCAGUGCCUCGAAGCGGCACCCCAUCGUGCCACUGCCCGCGGGGCAGGCCUACAAGUAUGGCACCGCUGGCUUCCGCAUGAAGGCCGACCUCCUCGAGGGCGUCACCUUCCGGGUCGGCCUCAUCGCUGCCCUCCGCAGCCGUAAGCUCAACAGCCAGGCGAUUGGCGUCAUGAUCACGGCCAGCCACAACCCCGCCAUCGACAAUGGCGUCAAGGUCGUGGAUCCCAUGGGCGAGAUGCUCGAGCAGGACUGGGAAGCCUAUGCCACCCUUCUCGUCAACGCUCCCACCGACGAUGCCCUGCUCGAGACCUACAACAAGCUUGCCACGCAGCUCAAGAUCGAUCUCAGCACGCCCGCCAAGGUCAUCUACGGCCGCGACACCCGCCCCUCGGGCCAUAAGCUCGUCGGAGCUCUGGCCGACGCCCUCGACGCCACCAACACCGAGGCCGUCGACUACAAGAUCCUCACCACUCCCCAAUUGCACUACCUGACCCGGUGCACCAACACCGAGGGCACCCCCUCUUCGUAUGGCAAGGUUAGCGAGGUUGGAUACUACGAGAAGAUGGCCGAGGCUUUCGUGCGAGCCCUCAAGGGCCGCAAGAUCGACGGCCCGCUCACUGUGGACUGCGCCAAUGGUGUCGGUGGCCCCAAGCUGCGUGAAUUCCUCAAAUACGUCCCCAAGGACAAGGUGAAAUUUGAUGUCAAGGUGGUCAACGAUGAUGUUCUCCGACCCGAAGUCCUGAACCUUGAUUGCGGAGCCGAUUUCGUCAAGACCAAGCAGCGUGCUCCUCCGAGCCCCAAGCCCGUGAUUGGUGCCCGAUGCUGCUCCCUCGACGGUGAUGCCGACCGCUUGAUAUACUACUGGGUUGACGAGAAGACGGGCUUCUUUAUGCUGGAUGGCGACCGCAUCUCGUCCCUGGCCGCUUCCUUCAUCGCAGACCUCGUCCGUGCCGCAGGGCUCGAGGAGGACCUCCGUAUCGGCGUCGUUCAGACCGCGUAUGCCAACGGCGCUUCGACCUCGUAUAUCACGCAGCACCUACGCCUGCCCGUCGUCUGCACGCCGACCGGCGUCAAGCACCUGCACCACGCCGCCUGCAACUUCGACGUCGGCGUCUACUUCGAGGCCAACGGCCACGGCACGGUGCUCUUCUCGGCCGAGGCCAUCCGCACCUUCGGCGCCAAGGAACCCCAGUCUCCGGCGCAAAAGGACGCCCUCGACACGCUCGCCGCCGUCGCGGACCUCAUCAACCAGACGGUCGGCGACGCCAUCUCGGACAUGCUGCUGGUCGAGGUCAUCCUGGCGCACAAGUCGUGGACGAUGCGCGACUGGGCCGUCACCUACACGGACCUGCCCAACCGCCUCGUCCGCGUCGAGGUCGCCGACAAGGACCUCUUCCGCACCACCGACGCCGAGCGCCGCCUGAGCCACCCGCCCGGCGCCCAGGACGAGAUCGACCAGUGCGUCAAGAAGUACAGCUCGGCGCGCGCCUUUGCGCGCGCGUCGGGCACCGAGAACGCCUGCCGCGUGUACGCCGAGGCGGCCACGCGGGUCGAGGCCGACGAGCUGGCCAACAAGGUCGCGCAGAUUGUCAAGAACCAUGGCUCGGGUGUGUAG